AUGUUGUCAAUUAAUGCAAGCAUCUUCCUGCUGUCUGCUAGUAAAAUGUUACAAAAUAUUGCUGUGGAGCCAUCAAUUUUCCUUGAUGAUGAUAUGCAAAAUGUUGCGCACGAAGACGAAGAUGAUGGAAUUGAUCUGAAUGGUACUCCGGGAAAUGAUAGUGACGAUUCGUUGCAGCUGAACACGGAUGGUGUAGCUCCAAAUCAUGGCAAUGCCCGUGUGGCUAGUGACAAUGCCAAUGGAAAUGCUGCAACACUUGUUGACGAACCAGAUGAAGAUAUAUCAUCACAGCCAGUUGUCCCUUUUCUUGGAAUGGUUUUUGACAAUGUUGAAGAAGCUCACCGUGUUUACAAUGAAUAUGCCUCGAAGAUGGGCUUUGGAACUCGCAUUGUGACAUCAAAGCAUAGUAGGAAAAAUAGCUCGGAGCAGAAGCGCAUUCUAAUCUAUAGAGUUUUUGAGUGCGUACACUCACGGAAAAAUCCUUCGAAGAAUGUUGGUGGUAGCAUUUCUGACAGGGCUGCAACAAAUCAGUGUGAAGAUGUUGAUAUGAGCUAUUCUAGUAACAAAAAAUCUGCAAGCAAACAAGCUGGCAUCUAUAUGGAUGUGAGCGACAAGAGGAAAAGAAACCGGUUGGAGCGGUAUGAUUGCAAGGCUCGUAUGGGUGUUAACCUCAAAGACGGUAGCUGGGUUGUGACCGUUUUUGAGGCCGAUCACACACAACAGCUGAUUUUGCAAAGGGGGCGUCAGAGAUUUUGCCGCUCUCACAGAAAGAUCCCGGAUGCAGACAUGCAGUACAUCACUUCACUGCACUAUCGCAACAUAUCAACGGCUAAUAUGAUGGGCUUGCUUGGAGAUGCACGGUGUUGCGAUCCAAGGAGUUUGCCGUACGUGAAGACUGAUGUGACAAAUGCAAGAGCAAAGCUGCGAAGGGGCCUGUCAGAGCGUGAUUUGGAGCUGACAAUCGAGUACUUUGAGAGAAGACAAGUGGAGAAUCCCAACUUCUUUUUCUCGAAGCUAGAAGAAGAUAGAGCUGUUAGGGCGCUUUUCUGGGUUGAUGGGAGAACAAGGGCCUUGUAUCCAAAGUACAAAGAUUGUGUGUUUUUCGACACCACAUUCUGCACAAAUCGCUACAACUUGCCCUUUGCUCCGAUUGUUGGCAUUAACAACCACACACAUACUGUUUGCUUGGGGUGCGCUUUGUUGCCUGAUGAGACCAUCGAAACUUUCAAGUGGGUCUUCCAGCAAUGGAUGUUGGCAAUGAAUAACGAGCAUCCGUUGAACAUUAUGAUUGAUUAA